CUGCACCUCUCGCGACGCAACGGAAGACCAUCAUCCUUCACACCUCCGACUGCUGCGCGGCUCCUCUCGCGCCUCGCACCAAUCUGCCUCCAAUGGCUACUUCGACCGACAUGGGCGUCCCCGUCGCCUUAAAGCCGCCGCCGCCGUGAAGGAACACGCCAUAUCUACAACCACCCUCAUCGCCCAGUAUGUCCUUCCUCUCGAACGUAGCCGCCAAAGUCGUCAAUGGCCAUACCAAUGGCACCACCGACGAUAACACGAGCUCCAAUGGGGUCAAGCGCCCCGUCCGCAUCGCAGGAGCGUCCGGUGGCUUCUCCGACCGACAGCGCGCCAUCAGCUCCCUCGCGAAGCUCGACGUAGAUGCAAUUGUCGGCGAUUGGCUGUCGGAAUGCACGAUGACGCUGCAUGGCGCGCAGAAGAUUGACAAUGAGAAGCUGCGCGUCGAGGGCAAGCUCCUGGAGGAGCCAGCGGGCCUGUUCGAUCCCACCUUCCUCGAGAACCUUGCGCCCGCGCUGCCCGACAUCGCCCGAAAGGGAAUCAAGGUCGCCGUCAAUGCCGGGGCAUGUGAUACACAACUUCUCACACGCGUGGUGCAGGAGGAGGUGGAAAGGCAGGGCCUAGAUUUGAAGGUGGCAUACGUGGAGGGAGACGAGGUGACGGAUACAGUCAACAGACUCAUCAAGCAGGGAGAGAAAUUCCCCAGCCUAAUGACGGGCGAGAACCUUGAGGAUUGGGGCUACACCCCGAUAUACUCCCAGUGCUAUCUAGGGGGCGCUGGCAUCGCGCAGGCACUGGACCACGGCGCCGAUAUCGUCAUCUGUGGGCGUGUCGCGGAUGCCGCUCCUUCGGUCGGAGUGGGAAUGUGGUGGCAUGGCUGGAACCGCGACAAGGACUUCGACCAGAUCGCUGGUAGUCUGAUCUGCGGCCAUCUUAUCGAAUGCGCGGCCUACGUUACCGGCGGAUACUUCUCCGGCUUCAAGCGGCUCAUGGAGGGAUGCCACAACCUUGGCUUUCCGAUCGCGUCUCUGUACCCCGACGGCAGCUGUGCCAUCGAGAAGGAGCCCGACACUGGAGGGGAGGUCUCGAUCGGAACCGUCGCCUCGCAACUGCUCUACGAGAUUCAAGGCCCGCUAUACUACGGUUCAGAUGUGACGGCAUUGUUGGAGGGCAUCGCCAUGUGGGAAGAGGGCAAGGACCGCGUUCGCGUGGCCGGCGUCAGAGGUCUCGCACCGCCAACUACUACAAAAGUCGGCAUGACAGCAUUUGGCGGCUAUCAGGCUGAGUUCCACGUGUACAUCUGCGGUCUUGACCUUGAGGCCAAGGCGGAGUGGGUUGAGAGGCAGGUCCGCUACUCCGCCGGCAAUGCCGUAAAGGAGCUCUCAUGCUUCAAGUUCAGCUUGAACGGCUACUGCCCCGACAACCCCAGGAACCAGGAUGUGGCGACGUGCGAUCUGAGAAUCUUCGUGCAAACCAAGAACAAGACGCUGGUCGAUAAGUCCACGCUCGACGUUCCCGGUUUCAACCGCUGGUGCAUGGACAAUGGCCUACAGGGCUGCCCUGGCUGGACGCUGGGCAAUGACCAGCGACAGUCCGAGGGAAAGGUCUACUAUGAGUACUAUGUCUCACUGCUCCCCCAGUCCGAGGUCCAGCACCGCGUCGUCUUGCCUUGGCUCGACGGGAAGACAAUCGACGUUCGACCGUGUGCAGAGAUGAAAGAGUACCCUCGCGACCAGCCGAGCUACGAGACUAAAGACCCAGCUGACUUGAAGAUCUUCGGACCCACGACGCGAGGCCCUAUGGGCUGGGUCGUCGGGUGUCGAUCUGGCGACAAGGCUUCUGACGCGAACGUCGGCUUUUACGUGCGCCACGACGAUGAGUGGGACUGGCUCCGGUCACUUCUCACCAUUGGCAAGAUCAAGUUGAUGCUCGACGAGGAGUAUAAGGGCGGCAAGAUUGAGCGCUUUGAGAUUCCUGGUAUUAGAGCUGUGCAUUUCUUGCUGAGAGACCACCUGGAUCGCGGCUUCAACUCCACGAGCACCUACGACACCCUAGGCAAGAAUGUCGGCGAAUACCUGCGAGCGAAAUGGGUUGACAUUCCGAAUAAGUUUCUCGCAAGAGGGCGAUUCUAAGUGUUUUGAAGGAUACAUCCUCACUAUAUCUUCACAAUAUCUUCCCCAUGAUCCCUGAAUCAAUGCCUAACUUCACCUCAAUACCUUCGC